UGGAGUGAUGAGAUAAUUGGCAGCACCUGGCGGAGCGCCGCUCCUCCCCACCGCACACACACACGCAUCCGGCUCCGCUGUUUUUGACACUGUGCACCGGCUCCAUCUCAAAACAAAUAUUUGGUUUUGACAUGCUCGAAGUAAAAUACCCAGUUUUUCUUUUAUUUGUGACCACAUUACUGCUGGUGAGCUGUCAAAGCGCCCAACAUGCUGCUGAACAAAAUGCGACAGGUGGCGAAAAUACUGCAGCUGGCAACUUUGAAACAUCCAAGUUCAGCUCAAACUCAACCAAUAUGACUCAUUUCGCCUACGGAAUUGCUGCAAAUGUGGUGGUUGUGGUGAUGUACGGGAGCAAUUUAGUUCCUGUCAAAAGAAUAGAGACAGGAGACGGUAUGUUUUUCCAGUGGGUUUACUGUGCAGCGAUAUGGGUUGUAUCCAUGGUCGGAGACUUGAUGCUUCACUCACCUAAAUUCUACCCUUUUGCAAUGCUUGGAGGUGUUAUCUGGGCUACAGGUAAUAUAACAGUUAUUCCAGUUGUUAAAGCGAUUGGCAUCGGUCUUGGGAGUUUACUUUGGGGCGCCUCUACAUUACUGAUGGGCUGGGCCAGUUCAAGAUUUGGCUGGUUUGGGAUUGAAUCUGAGGAUGUUUCCAGGCCGAUAUUAAAUUACUGUGGAGCUGGUUUGUGUCUGCUCAGUGGCCUGAUCUUUUUCUUUGUGAAGACGGACGUGGAACUGCAUCCAGAGUCUGAAUCGAUUCCAUUACUUCUUGACAGGAGAACAAAUUCAAGCAGCUAUGGACCAGGUUUGUCAGAGUUCUGGAUAGAUGCCAUCAGACCAAAGACCAGGCGAUUAAUAGGCUGCGUGCUUGCUGUUCUGUCCGGUGUGCUGUACGGCUCCUCCUUUGCACCCGUCUUCUACAUUAAGAGCCAUUCGUCCUGCCAUGACAGCAUGUUCCAUGGAGCCAGUGUCUAUGACCUCGACUAUGUUUUUGCCCAGUGCUCUGGCAUUUUUAUAGCAAGCACAGUGUACUUUGCCAUCUACUGCGCUGCCAUGAACAACAGGCCCAGAGUCUACUCCAGAGUCAUCCUGCCAGGUCUAUUUGCUGGAACCAUGUGGGCACUGGGCACAUACAGCUGGUUCCUGGCCAAUAACUACCUGAGUGCAGUCAUCACUUUUCCUAUUGUCACUGCAGGAUAUGGUCUGGUUGCAGCACUGUGGGGAUCUUUGGUGUUCAAAGAGAUUAAGGGGUUGGGCAACUGCUUAAUCUUCUUCUUGGCCUCCUGCGUCGUGGUGACCGGGUCCUUGCUGACUGCCAUCUCAAAGCUAUAAAAAUGCAGAAGGCUGAGUGAAAACAUCUAGUAAUUAAUGAUAAUAUACACAUAUCUACUAAAAAAUGUCCUUGGUUUUAUAAAACUCUUUGAACCCACAUUUAAAUAAACCAGAUUACAUGAUGGUUGAGCUGAAUGUGAAGUUUUCCUUGUUAAAUCUGGGAAAGUGUCAUUUUGAAGCAGCAGUGUUUGUACUCAAACAUUUGGUGGCAGUGUCUUCCAGGAAUGACCCUCAUGCUUUCUGGUAGGUUCAAAGGGGAAGUUUGCUGUUGAACUAUGUAUGUUGUUUAAAAUGUAUUUGCUGUUAAACAAGUUUUGUCACAUUUUGUCUUUUGUUCAGUUGCUACUCACCCAAUACCCACAUGACAUGUUUACACAUUGCUCACAAGCCAGCAUUUGUUUUAGAGAGCCUGUCCUACCAAGAUAAUGCACAUUAUUAUUUAUUACUGACAUGGUGGUUGUUUGUCACUGUUUUUUUUCUUUGUGGAAAGUAUGACAAUAUGAGUCACUUCACACAUGUUGCUAUCAAAAAAUGCACAAUACUGACACAUACUUAUGAACCCAUGCUGCUUAAAAAAUGAUAUUUAUUUGCCACAUACAGGAAUCUAUACAUUUAUGUAUUUUGCUCAAUACAGGUGAUUUUCAUGCAGCUCAUGUCUGGUAUCCCUGUGGAGCUCACUUUGUGUGUAGUGUUGUGACAUUAAAGCAGUUUUCUCUUGAAUAAUUGAUUUCUGUGUUUGCUAAUGAAUGAAAAUAGAUGGCAUAGAAGUGUCCUCUCUGAAUAAAUAUGUGGAGUUAAUUUUAAAUAUGUAGGAGGUGGAGGAGGUUUUGUUACUGUAUGUUACACAAGUAGGACUAAAUAUUACAGAAAACAUUCUUUAAAAUGGUUAUUGAAGGGAUACUUCACCAAUUUUUAACUAGCUUUGUAUCAAAACAAUGUGAUUAGCAUGUGAGAAUGAACUGUGGUAAACCUCUUAGUAGUGUCUAACAUGCCCCCACCCCCAAAUGUCAUAAUUUAUGUCACUGGCACACAGCUAAAUAAAGUAAUGU